AUGAAGACUACCCUUGUCACCUUGUUGGCUGCUGUCCUGUGUGUGGAGCAAGCUCACCCACUUAUGUGCUAUGUGUGUGAAGAACAGGAGUCCAACGACGACUGUAUGACCAUUUCCAUGUGUGCAGAGAAAGACAAUUACUGCCUGACCGUCCGGAACACUGUUGGAACAAAGCCCAACAAGCUUAAGUAUGUCAUCUCUAAGAUGUGUUCUCCAACGUGUCCAGACAGAAGUCAUCAAGAAAACCAAACCUAUCAGAGCAUUUAUUGCUGUGAGAAGGCAUUAUGCAAUGUGAAUGGAGUCAGCAGUAAGCAAAGCAGCUAUGGAGUAAUGUUGCUGGGCGUCCUAGCCAGUAUCACUUACACCUCUGCACAUGGACUGUGA